CGGGAGGGGGGCAAGCGCGGCCGCAGGCCCGGCCGGAAAGCGCAGCUCGAUAAACAAGAUAUGAAGGCUAAGCUAGAACGUAGCCGCCAAUCGGCGCGGGAGUGCCGCGCGCGUAAAAAACUCCGGUACCAAUACUUGGAGGAGCUGGUGGCCGACAGAGAGAAGGCCGUCUUGGCGUUGAGAAAGGAACUGGACAAGUAUUACAAAUGGAAUUUAGAAAUGGACCAAGGGCGUAUGCCUGAUGGUAUAGAGGCGCUACUCCAGGAGAUGGGAGUCGUAAAGCAGGAAGAAAUAAAGCCUUUCUAAAUUUGACCGAAUUCACAAUUGAACCGCAACAUGUCAGCGACAGGUCAGUCUGUACUUCGGAAUUAAACUUCACUUGUGGAAUUUAAAAGUUAAACUAAAAGUUGUUUAAUUAUGAGUUAAAUUGGACAUUUAUAUUUUUAUUUAAAUAUAAAAUGUAUUUUUUGUACAUAUUAUUUUAUUUUAAAUUCACAAUCUAAAAAGUACUGGACACUAGACAUAUUUUUAUUCAAUGAACGUAUAUGUAUUCUAUAUUGUAAGUUUGUUCGUACAUUUACCUAAAUAUACUAGGGGCGGCUGCAAAAUAAUCUACCUAACUAUGAAAUAAAAGACGAUCAUGGCGAUAGUGGCCAGUAUGAGAAACAACUAAUAAUAGGUAAUAUGUAUAAGAUUAAAAAAAGAUACUGACACCAAAAACAAAUUAAUUAUAUAAUUUGAUGAGUAAAUCAUACUAAGAUAAAUUAUGCAAAUUAUAACUUAUUUUUCUUUUAAUUUUUGCAACGAGUCUUCUAAUCCCCGUAACGAUUAGAACAGGUAAAGGUGUGGGAUUUAUCAAUGUGAUCCUAUACAAAUGAUUCUCGCCCACGUGUUAUUUUCUUUCGUCCAAUGACACUUUAGCGCGGUGACAACAUCCAAUGACAGUAGUUCCCGCUCACGUGUACAUAUUAGCUAUCGACAUCUCACACUGCAUUGCAGAGACAAAAAGUAAAAUAUUUUAUUUGGCAACAGUUUAAAGAGAUUAUUUGUCAGCCACUCCUAGUAUUUAACAUAAAUAACAUAUUUUUAUAAGUGUUACAAAAAGAUUUUUUCUUGUAAAAUAGCGACGCUUCGUCACAGUCUCAACUGAUAGUAAGCGAAUUGUGACAAACGAUAUUGUGUAUAAUAAAAUCGAUUUUUUUCACUGAUUGAUGAAUAACACAGCUUGACCGGAAUCUUUUUAAAAUAAAAUCAUGGGAUACAAUAGUGUAGUUAAAAGAAAUAAUGUUCUACUUUUAAAUAUAUGUACUCUGUUGAGUAAGUAGGUAUGUAGUUAGCGAAACUUUAUUUGGGCGGAUCGAUUUGAAGAUAUCUUUGGGAAAAUUUAUUGUGGCGGCACGCGACAUCUGUAUACCUUGCACUACUAGAACGAUACUUUGAGGUUCCAAGAUCAAAGGUUACGGGUGAAAAAAAUAACAUUCAUUUAGAGAAUACUAUAGAAAAUACUUUUAGGAGCGCGUGUGGAACAGCUAAUUUUGUGUCAAAAAAAGUAUCUGAAUUGAAAAAAAAAAAAAUCUUGAAAUUUUCCCAAUUUUCUCCUUAUAUUUUAGCUGUUUUCUAAAAGUAUUUUAGAAAAUUGUACCAUUUGAAACGUUUCGGACAAUUACCCGAUAUGAACAUAUACAGCAAUUAAAAUGUAUUAAGAUCGCUUACUCUACUACCCAUUGAAGCACCAUAGACAAGUGUUUGUAAGCCUUGUUUUUUAUAUUUAUUAAAAAAAUUACGAAAAGAAGACAAAUUUAAAAUGGCGACGCAACAAAAUUCUGUGUCGUGUAAUGGAAUCAUCACACUUAUAAACGCAGAAACGGCUUGAGCCGCUCAGAGAAAGCUUUAUGCAAGAGCAAAAAGGCGUUGAACUUUUGACUUCAGUUUUUCAGUUUGCGUUUUUCGCUCUUAUUGCAUGGAAAUAAAGUUUUACCUUAUACACAAGUUUAGUGUAUCCCUAAUCCG